AUGUCUCGCUCCUCCUCGACGACCACGCCGACUUGGCCCCAAUUCGAGCGGAAGGUCGACGAGGUGAAGCCAUCCAAAACUGACAUCAAUAACCUCGUCAUGGACUACCUGGUCACCAACGGAUAUCCCGCUGCUGCGCAGAAGUUCGCCAUUGAGGCCAACAUUCAAAUCCAAACUGAUCUACAGUCAAUUGAAGAGCGGGUUGAGAUUCGAACUGCUAUCCAUACCGGAAACAUCCAAACAGCAAUCGAAAGGAUCAAUGAAUCUAAUCCUCAUAUCCUAGAUGAAAAUCCUUCACUGCACUUUGCUCUCCUGCGCUUGCAGCUGGUAGAGUUGAUUCGAACUUGCACAGCUACUCCAGACGGCGACAUCAGUCCUGCCUUGGAGUUUGCAACAUCCCAGUUAGCUCCUCGAGCUCCGACUAACCCCCAGUUCUUGGAGGACUUGGAAAGCACUCUGGCUCUCCUGAUAUUCCCCAGUGACAACCUGACCCCUUCCCUUGCCUCCCUCUUAAACCCUAGCCUCCGUAAAGAUAUUGCAACCCAAGUCAAUGAGGCCAUCUUGCAAAGUCAAGGCGCUUCUAAAGAGGCUCGUCUCCGCAAUUUGGUCAAGCUACGCGCUUUUGCCGAAAUCAAAGCUCGUGAGGCAAAGAAAGAUAUCCCCGAUAAACUGGAUAUCGGCUUAGUGAACGACACGCUUGAAAGCAACGAUGCCAUUUAUCGCACAGAUACCAUUAUGGUGAACAACGGCGAUGUGGAUCCAACGAUGUCGUGA